AUGUCGAAUAAAAAAUAUAUUGAAUGGUUAGAAAAAGCUAUUGCUAAUAAAUAUAUCAACCAUUUUGAAUACUCGGAAUUUCAAGAUUUUCAACUAAUAGGAAAUGGUGCAUUUGGAGAAGUUAUGCAAGCUUAUUGGAAAAAUAAGGGCUGUUAUGUAGCUUUAAAAUCUUUUAAUAAUAACAAAACGACUCUGAGGAAUAUUGCAAAAGAGAUAAAAUUACAUAAAGAAGUCGAUUUUCAUUCAAAUAUUAUACGAAUUUUUGGAAUUACAAGCGAAGUUACCGAAAGAGAAACAAAAAUUAAAGGUACUCCUAUUGAAUAUAGUAAUCUAUAUGAACGAUGUUGGAAAUACGAACCCGAUGAACGUCCAAGUAUACAGGAUGUUGUUUCAACACUUAAAAAGGUUAUUUCAAAACAAAGUGAGAUGGAAGAUUUGCAGAAUCAAAAUCCUGCUCAUUCGGAUUCAAUAGAUCCUUUAAAUAAUUCAAAUAAUUCCUCAAUUCAAGUUUCUUUUGAAGAGGAAGGAUAUGAUAAGCUUCCACGUUUUUUAAAACUUUGA